AUGAACCAGUAUUUGCAAUCAUGCUCGUUUAUCCUGUUCUUGAAUAAAGUUGAUUUAUUCAAAGCGAAACUAUCGCAUUCCAGGCUUGCUGACUACUUCAAAACUUAUACAGGUAACAAUGAUUACGAGUCUGCAGCUGAAUACAUUCAAGGGUUCUUCACAAAGGCACCAGUGCCAUCCAGUAGCAAAAUGUACGUGCACUACACGGAAGCGACCGAUACGCAGCAAAUCGACUUCGUCUUCGCUGCCGCUUGUGAUAUCAUCUUACAACUUAAUCUGACACGUGCUGGAAUGCAAUAA